CUAUCUCUAUGGAGCGAGUCGCCGCAGCGAAGCAAUACAUCGAAAACCACUACAAAUCUCACAUGAAGAACAUUCAGGAACGCAAAGAGAGGAGGUGGAUUUUAGAGAGAAAGCUAGCUUCCUCACAUGUUUCCCAGGAAGAACAAAUCAAUUUAAUAAAGGAUCUGGAGAGAAAGGAGACAGAGUAUAUGCGACUUAAGAGACACAAGAUCUGUGUGGAUGAUUUUGAGCUAUUGACCAUCAUUGGAAGAGGAGCCUUUGGAGAGGUUAGGCUUUGCCGAGAGAAGGCCACUGGCAAUAUUUAUGCUAUGAAAAAGCUGAAAAAAUCAGAAAUGCUUAGUAGGGGUCAGGUUGAGCAUGUCAGAGCGGAAAGAAACUUGCUUGCUGAGGUUGCAAGUCAUUGUAUUGUUAAACUGUACUAUUCUUUUCAAGAUGCUGAAUAUCUAUACCUAAUAAUGGAAUAUCUUCCUGGAGGAGACAUGAUGACCCUACUUAUAAGAGAAGACACCUUAACUGAAAGCGUGGCUAGAUUUUACAUCGCUCAGAGUGUAUUAGCAAUAGAAUCCAUUCAUAGGCAUAACUACAUUCAUAGAGAUAUUAAGCCCGACAAUCUGCUACUGGACAAAAAUGGUCAUAUGAAGUUGUCGGACUUUGGCCUUUGCAAGCCAAUUGAUUGUAGAACACUUUCUACUUUGAAUGAAAAUGAACCCUUGGAUGAUGACAGCUUAAAAGAGUCAAUGGACAUUGAUGGAUCCUUCUCAGAUGCAAAUAAUGGUAGCAGGUGGAAAAGCCCCAACGAACAGCUUCAGCACUGGCAGAUGAACAGGAGGAAAUUGGCAUUUUCCACAGUGGGUACACCUGACUACAUUGCGCCAGAAGUAUUAUUAAAGAAAGGAUAUGGGAUGGAAUGUGAUUGGUGGUCAUUGGGUGCAAUAAUGUAUGAAAUGCUUGUUGGAUACCCACCAUUCUAUUCUGAUGACCCAAUUACAACAUGUCGAAAGAUUGUGCAUUGGAGAAAUCAUUUGAAAUUUCCGGAAGAUGCUAGGCUUUCUCCUGAAGCACGAGAUCUUAUAUGUAGAUUGCUAUGUGAUGUUGAACACAGGUUAGGCAGUGGUGGGGCAGACCAAAUAAAGGCUCAUCCCUGGUUCAGAGAUGUCGUAUGGGAGAAACUUUAUGAAAUGGAGGCAGCAUUUAAGCCUGAGGUCAAGGAUGAAUUGGACACCCAAAACUUCUUGAAAUUUGAUGAGAUGGAGCCUCCUGCUAGAACGAGUUCCGGACACAGUAGAAAGAAGUUGCUGAGCCCCAAAGACUUGAGUUUUGUUGGGUAUACAUACAAAAAUUUUGAUGCUGUCAAAGGGUUGCAUGAUACGAGGAGAAGUACGUCACCAAGAAGAUCUAUCGAUUCCAUCUUCGGUGAUUCUGUAAUGGAGUCUAGGAGGAAGGCAAACCCUGAGGAUGCAGAUACCCAUAUGGUUUCUUCUGGUGAUGCCAUGUCUCCUUAAGCCCUUGCCUAUACUAAAAGCUCUUAUUAGGACACAACGCCCUCGCUGAUGUGGCUACUGGGAAAAUCCUGCUUGUUUUUAGUCGGGUCUGCCCUAGUUUGUGCUCUGAUAAGAAUUAUUGUCAAAGGCAUUUUGUAGAAUCAAAACCAUUGCCUAGCUGUAUAGUAUUGUAUUAAGAAUGUUCAUUUCCGUUUUACUCUGUUUUAAGACUUUUGGUUGACAGUAGACAUGGGUACUGGCUGCCCAGGUUGGCAGAGCAAAAACAUGCCUUCUCUUGCGGCAGCUUCUGUUCUGCUUAUAUCUAAUUUGGUGACAAUAAUACGUUGCCUUUUCCACCAA